AUGGGCCGCCGCACGUUCGCACGCCAGCUGCUGCUCCUCGGCACGCGCGUCGCCGUCAUCCUCAUCUCCCUCGUCGUCUUCCGCAACCCGCUCACUCCUGCCGGCGCGCUCGGAUCCGCCGUCGCCAUCGGCGGCGUCUUCCUCUACUCCCUCGCAAAGGCGCGCUGCUGA